UGUGGUUUUUAUUCCCCUCUUUCCCGCCUUUCGGUAGAAAUACCGCACUCCCACCACGGGGUUUGAUGUGGUGAGUCACUCCCGAGAUUGCGCUCCACAAAGCGCAGCCACAUUCGUAUAUGUACACUUUUCCCCCAGAAAGGGUUUAAAACAUCCUUUAAAAGCUGCAAGACAUUCUGUCAUAGCGAUGACUCUUUGGUAUCCCCGCAAGCUGAAACCCGCAUCAGGAAUGGUACAUGACCCUUGCCUAGGAAAGGCGACUGUAAUCUAUAACAUUAGCUAAGCUCUCUCUCUCUCUCUAUAAAAACUCAACACAUCCGAUCUCUUUAGUAUUCGUAUCAACACUUCUCUCAAAAUCUCACUGUGCUCCAUCCCUGAGGAACCUCAAUCCUUCUCAUCCAUCCCAUCAGCCUCCCCAUCCCUCCCGUACCUCGCCCACCCCAUCAACAAUCUCCAUAUCCCUUCCAUACGUCACCCAACCCACCAAAAUGGCCCCCCAAAUCACAACAACAGCAGAGCUAGAAUCCUACAUCACCGUCCUCACCGCCACCGGCAUCCCAACCGACCUCUACAAAUCCAUCACCCUCCUCACCGGCGGCACGGCCAACUACGUCUGGCGCCUCACAAUGCAUUCCGGCAGCACCCUCAUCCUCAAGCACGCCGAGCCCUUCAUCGCCUCCAACCCCUCCAUGGCCUUCCCCGUCGACCGCAUGGACUUCGAGGCCCGCGCCCUCCGCGACCUCCCGCCCCUCCUCCUCGCCGCCGGCGCCCCCACAGCCGUGCAGCCCGUCCCCCUCAUCGAGUACGUCGCGGACGACCAUAUGCUCUGGAUCGCCGACGGCGGCCCGCGGCACCUGAAAGAUGCGUACAGUGAUCGGGCACUCGAUGUGCGGGUUAUGGGCCGCGAUAUUGGGACCUGGCUUGCGACGUUGCAUGCCGCGACGGUCAAGACAGAUAUCGGGGAUAAUCGCACGGCGAAGUUUAUUUACAGGCACUCGUACCGCAAUCUGCACACUGCGCUUGCGAAGUUCGGCUUCGAUGUGGCGUUGGCGGAGAGGGUUGAUGAGGAGUUUGGGGCGCUGCUCGCCAGCGAUGAUGAGGUGAUUUGUCAUGGGGAUUUCUGGCCGGGAAAUGUGCUUGUGGGGAAUGAUGAGGGGUUGAUGGUUGCGGAUUGGGAGAUGGCGAGGCGGGGGUGUGGGGCAACGGAUGUGGGGCAGUUUGCGGCGGAGGCAUUUUUGCUGGAUCGGUUUAGGGGAGGGAGGGGAUUGCGUGAGGCGUUUUUGGGAGCGUAUGCAGAGGCGCGAGGGAAUAAGCUAGAUAGGGAGUUUUUGAAGAGAAUGGCGGUGCAUUGGGGGGUGCAUGUUGCGUUUUGGCCGACGAGGGUUGAAUGGGCCGAUGAAGAGGAAACUAGGGAACUGGUUGUGAUUGGAGUGAAGGCACUGAAUGCCAUUCUUGAAGAGGAUUGGGAGACUGUGGGAAAGAGCGAGUUAUUCGAAGGGGUUGAGGGGGCUUGGAAGGGCUUAUGGGAAACGUAGGUGUGAUCAACUAGCUAGGAAGUCUCUCAAAAACAUGGCUUCAUUAGUAUUCCGUGAAUUUCCUGGUCAAGAUUCAUGCCUAUUUCGCUCUUGA